UUACCCCCUCUCUCUCUCUCUCACACACACACACACAUUGCUAGAGCAGAGACAAACGACACCGAACCCAACUCCCCACUGUUUUAGAGAGAGAGAAAAAGAGAAGGUUCAAUUUCUGCCAAAAUGCUCUGAAAUCUAUCAUGAGGAAGAAGAAUCAGGAAAUAGAAGAAGACGAAAUUCGUCUGUGUUUUGACUAACCAAUCCAGCAAAUAAAUGCAUGCUCGUUGUAUCUGCUUCAAUGCUCACCAAACAACUACACACAUUGUAUCCAGCAAAAAAAGCUAGCAAAUUCCUCAAUGAACCCUAAAAGACUGAACACCAAAGAUUCUGCUAUUGAGGAUCUUUGAAUUCAAUUCCAUUUCUCGAAGAUCCUUUUAAGUUUCCAUAAAAGAAACAAUCGAACCUAUUUCUAUUUCGAAUGCGCUUCAUGAAUCCGUGAAUUGAGAAACAUAACAAGUGAAGAAAUUUAGGGUUUUGGGAAUUAGUUUGAAGAAUCUUCAAUGGCUGCAGCAUGGGAUCAUUUUGGAGACAUUGCAAAUGUAGCCCAACUUACAGGUUUAGAUGCAGUGAAGCUAAUAGGAAUGAUUGUUCAAGCUGCUACCACAGCUCGUUUACACAAGAAGAACUGCAAACAAUUUGCAAUGCAUUUGAAAUUGAUUGGAAAUCUUCUACAACAACUCAAAAUCAGUGAGCUUAAAAGGUAUCCAGAAACACGUGAGCCUUUAGAACAACUUGAAGAUGCAUUAAGAAGAUCCUACAUUUUAGUCAACAGUUGUCAAGAUAGAAGCUAUCUCUACUUACUUGCAAUGGGAUGGAAUAUUGUUUAUCAAUUCAGAAAAGCACAAAAUGAAAUUGAUCGAUACUUAAAGAUUAUCCCACUCAUCACUCUUGUUGAUAAUGCUCGAGUCAGAGAAAGAUUGGAGUAUAUUGAAAUGGAUCAAAGGGAAUACACAUUGGAUGAUGAAGAUAGAAAGGUGCAAGAUGUUAUCAUGAAGCCUGAUCCUUCACAUACUGAUACUGCAGUUUUGAAGAAAACACUUUCAUGUAGCUACCCGAAUUUACCCUUCAAGGAGGUUAUUCAGAAGGAAAAUGAAAAGCUUCAUAUGGAAUUACAAAGAUCACAAGCUAAUUUAGAUGUGGGACAAUGUGAAGUAAUUCAACAUCUGAUUGAAGUCACUCAAGUUGUUGCUUCAAAUUCUCAACAUCAACAGGAUUCACCAAAAAAGAGAAUAGAGCCUCAAUAUCCAGAUGUUAUUAACACCAAUAAACAAGUUCAAGAUGAGACUGAUUCAAAUACAAAUACAAAGCCACACUCAACUUCAAGAAUCACAUCUUUAGUUCCAUAUGGACAUCAAGAAUGGCAUUCAGAUCUACUUGGGUGUUGUUCAGAGCCUAAGAUGUGCAUGAGGACCUUCUUCUUUCCAUGUGGGACGUUUUCAAAGAUUGCAUCUGUGGCAACAAACAGGCACAUGACUUCAGGAGAGGCGUGUAAUGAGCUUAUGGCGUAUUCUCUAAUAUUAUCAUGUUGCUGCUACACCUGUUGCAUUAGGAGAAAGCUGAGGAAGACUCUGAAUAUCACUGGUGGGUGGUGUGAUGACUUUCUAUCACAUGUCAUGUGCUGCUGCUGUGCACUUGUCCAAGAACUGCGUGAAGUUGAGAUGCGUGGAAUUCAUGGUCCAGAGAAGACAAAAACAAGCCCUCCACCUUCUCAGUGGAUGGAAAGUUGAUUUGAUUAUAAUUUAUUUGAGAAAUAGUUUGUUACAUAAGGUUUGUUGCCAUUGUUAAUACUUAAUAGUAAAACCUCUCUCUCUCUCUCUCAUGGUGGUUGACUAGUUUUCCUAUAUGUAAAGUUGUUCUUGAUGAUAUGAUAGAUUGAUAACAA